GCUGACGCUGAGCAUGAACACAAGAAAUGCACUAACUACGGCCACGAGUGCUGUCCAAGGCGAGUCAGAAGCUCCAAUGGCUCGCUCAGAACCUCCCCGCAACCCAUCCACAGCCACAACCAUGCCGACUCCUCCCCCUCCCGAACAGCCAGCAUCAUCCUUCCUCACAUCCAGCUUCAGCACCGCUCGCGACACUGCUACAGCCGUGCUCAACGCCCGUCGAGCCAUCGGCGUCCCCCGACUCAUCCGCAUGUGCUAUGGCGCAGACAGAAAGCCGGGCAACUUCGACGGCCUGCAGCCGCUCCCUCGCAGAGGCAGCGGCGCUCCCGGCCUGCCCACCAUCCCCGAGAGCCGCGAUCAGGCCGCCAUCACUCAGAAUGGCCUGCCACAUGGCGUGAGUGAGCCGCCCUCCUUCCCAAGCGCGCCUGGGAGGGCAGGCAUGCCGUCGAUGCAGCAGCGAAGGCGGCCGUUUCGCGAUGCGUUUAGGCAGCGUCUGUUGUGUAUGGGUCCGCGGCCUGGCAAGGAGGGCGGUUUGCUGGGAGUGGACAGAGAGGGGUCGUCGGAGGCAUCGACCCACAGGGUGGAAGGGGCAUACUCAGGUGGGCGGUGGGAGGGAGGGAGCGAGGGAGGGAGGGAGCGAGGGAGCGAGGGAGGGAGCGAGGGAGGGAGGCACCUGUGUCUGUGUCUGUCGCAUUCCACCUCUGUGUGUGUGUGUGUGUGUGUGUGUGCAGCGUUGACGGACGAGGCGCUGCUUGAGCGAGAGGAGGAUUACGGCUAUGACGACGAGGGCGACUUCGAUGACGCCCGAUCGGACUUCUACAGCCAAGGUGACUUACCUGCCCUCACUCAUCAACGUCUUGUCAUACGCUGUUGUGCCGCCCUUGUCGGCCGUGCAGUUGACCGUUUGUCCAACUACGACCCGACCGAGAUAGCGGGCAUCUUGUCGGUGUCGGCGUCGGGCUACCAGACGCCCCUCUCGGACCUCCUGCAGUUCGUGCUGGGCAACUUCGAGGAACGCAGAAUGAGAUUCAACACCAUACAGGUGCGCCCUCGCGUGGGCAGCAUGGCACGGCAUUCGUUUGUGCACAUCUGUCUGUGUGUUGACGUGUAUGUUGUGGUCAGGGUAAGAUCCGCACCGGCAAUGGUGUGGCGGAGGUGCCUGCGGACUGGGACAGGACGUCUGAGAUGAGGGCGCUGGCGGAGCUGCUCGUCGACACGUCACGGGCGUGCAUGGUCAGUCCAGUGGCCGCACACACACGCAGACUAGUGUCGGUUGGUAUGUACCUGUACUGCAUGUGUGUGGAUGGAUGGAUGGAUGGACAGAAUGAGGAUCCCAAUGUGGAUUGUGCGCUGGCGUACAACCACCAUGGCGUCAAGGUGUGGAAGAAGGAAUUCGGUGUCGGCAGACUCCUGCUCAGAGGUACAGACAGAACGACAGACAGACAGACCCUCCUGUGUGUUUGGUGUUGAUGCAGCUGAGUGGGUGGUGCCGGUGGCCCCAAAGCAGUACUGUGAGUAUGCGUCGGACGUACGGUGAGGCAGUCAGUCAGUCAGUCAGUGAGCCCCAAGAGAGAGGUCCGGCCACCUCUGUGUAUGUGUGUGUGUUGGUGUCGGUUCCAUGAUUCAGUUAUCGCAAGAUAUGGGACAGCAACUGUGCUGAGGUGCAGCGGCUCGAGACCCUCGGCGACGGCAUCGACCUCUGCUACGUCGCCACCAAACGAGUCGCAACAGUGAGCACCUGAUUAUACCACCCACACACACACAGACUGACAGACAGACAGACAGACGCCAUCUCUUUUGGGUCCAGAUUUUCCCGCGCGACACGGUGAAUCUGCGCAUCGUUCGUCCGCUGGACCCGUCGUCGCCCCUGGACUGCGCCUACUCGUCGUGCAGCUGCUCAAUCGAACACCCUGAGAUUGGCGACAGGUGCGUCACUUCACGUCAGUCAGCCCCCUGUCCCCCUCCCUGGUGUCAUGCAUGAUAUGUUCGACUGACUGACUGAGUGACAGGCCUGGCAAGGUACGUGCCGACCUUCGCAUCGCUUCGUACGUCGCAAACCCACUCCCGACGCCAUUCGGAUGUGAGGAAUGACAAACAGGCAGACAGGCAGACAGACAGACAGGGAUAGGCAGCGGGGCCCAGAGCACCCCUAUUUGAGCGCAUCCGUUUGUCUCUCUGCGUUUGGUGUGUGGCGUCUGGCCUGUCAGUGUGGUCUCGCAUAUGUCUCUUCAACGAGGGCGAUCCCCGUGGGUGGAUCCCCGCUGCCGUCACAAAACUCCUGGCCGUCAAGGUAUGGCCCCCUGGCCAGCUCACACACAGCGGCCAUCUGUAUAUGUGUGUGUGUGUGUGUGUGUGCGUGAAGGUGGUGCCGAGUUCGGUUGAGAAGGUGACCAAGGCCAUCAUGGAGAAGCACACCAUCGCAUGGGACGGCGAAAAGGCCAGCGGGUGGGCCGCCACACAGCUCGACCAAGCAGGAUUCGUCAUCCCACCGUAAGCACACACCCCCCACCCCCCAUCCCCACCACCAGCACCACCAACCACACACAUAUGCACACCACACUGGGUGCUUGUUGGUUGGUUGAUGCGAUGCGUGCAGUCGCCCAAAACUGCCCAUUGCGGACGCGCAGCUUUUGCUGUACGAGCAGUCCCUCAGCCUCAACGCGUCACAGCAGCAGAUGGACGAGGACGGCCCCACCACACCCAUAGUCACCCUCGGCAAACGCCGCACGUCGUCAUUCGUGUCGGCCGACGACUCACCCAUACCCACCACCAACCACCCGCACACACACCCCUUCCACGCCUCUCUCCCCCACACCAGCUCACCCACGGCAGCAGCAGCGGCAUCGCAUGACUUUGGCUAUGGGCGCAUCCCCAUGGCCAAGCAGAUAGGGCCCAUGACAUGGGUGGCGGAGGCGCCGCCAUCCCCCACCUCACCCACCACAGGCAUGUUUGAGUAUCCAGCAUCAUCGCCACUGACGUUGCCUGAGAAGGGCAGCAGCAGUCCAGAGGCCAGCCCGACGGCCGCUGCUGCCGCAGGCAGGGUGGCCAACUUGGCGGGGCUGAGGGCCGCCGUGUCUGCCGCACUCGGUGCGGCCGCGUCUAUGUCUGCCUCUGCCUCUGCUUCUGCCUCUUCGGAACCACAGCCAUCGACAUCUGCCGUGGAGCUGACCCCGUCGUGGCGUCGGGUGCGGCGACAGCAGCAGGAGCCUCAGGCGGCCCAGUCGCCGUUCUUCCCUCCCCGUCCCCCCACCCCACCCGCGACACCGUUCCCCGCACCUGCACCACCUGGUGGCGAUGAAGCACCGCCGGCACAGCAGCCAUCGGUGCAGGUGCAUCUCUCGCCGUCCAAGCGGGGCGACCUGCCGUCGAUCCCACACGCUGCGUCGUCGCCCAACGUGGUGGUGCCCAAGCAGAAGCCGAAGCUCUUGCCGACCGAUGGUGCUGCUGCUGCUGGUGGUCAUGGUCAUUGUGCGUCGUCGCCAUCAAGCCCCACAUUGCCGCAAGGAGGAGAGGGAGAGGCGUGGACCACCGCCACCAGCACCACCAUUCGCAGCGGGUACCAGUGGCUGGUGGAGAAGGUGGGAGGCCUUCCCGCUGGCAACAACAGCAGCAGCAGCAACAGCAACAGCGAGGCGCCCGCCAAUGGCCCCUCUCUGCUUGUGUUCCCCCAGGCCCCGAGCCCCAAUGAGCCUGGGCAGCAGAGAGGGGGCGGGGCGGCCGAUGCUGCUGCUGCUGCAGAGGCAAAGGCAGAGUAGGGCGUCCUUUCCUGCCGACCAUCGAAUCGAUGUAGGACAUACCAUUUUUGACUGACUGACUAAGUGACUGAGUGAGUGAUGCAUAGCAGAGUGGUGGGUGCAUGGUGGGCUGCAUGGGCUGGUUUAAGGGUGGGUGGGUGGGGAAGACCGACCGAGUGGGCAGAUUUUUCCCAUUGUUUGCUGGUGGUGGGUUAUGUGGUGGGUGUGCAGCAUCUCUUGGGUCCGGUGUCGAUAGGCUGGAUGCUGUCUUUCUUCUUCUUCUCUCUCUCUCUCUCUCUUUUGCUCUCUUGCUCUACUUCUUCGAGCGGAGCAGAAGAUGACCGACCAGCGAGCUCCGCUUCAGACAGAAAGAAAGACAUUUUGCCCUCGACUGACUGACUGACUGACUGACUGAGACAGACGAUACGGUCGCUGAUGAUUUGAUUUGUUGUGGAUAGACGCUUAAUUUGCAAAGGUGGCCACCACACAUCAUUCAGUCAUUCAGUCA